UCAUGUUUACUGUCGAAGUACAUACACACAAACGAGUGCGUAAUCUUUUUUCGCGUAAUCUUUUUUGUUGAUCAUAUUUAUGGAAAUUUGUAUUUUACUCUAGUGCAGUUAAAAGAACAAAAUUAACAAGACGUCGGAUGUAUAUAUAUCAAAACGAAACAAAGUGUGAACAUAGAAAAUAUUACGUAGAUUCUAAUUAACAGUAAGCGACGUUGUCUUAGAAAGAUAGAAGUUUUGAUACUUAAGUUAUUUCUAGCGUAUAAUUUGAAAUUAUUGAGAUUACUAUACAAUGGAAGUGGACGAGCAGAAAAACGAAUCUAUGACUUCUUCCGAGAAUAACUCUGUGAUUGGUGAUAACCUCAAUACUAGUGGCAACGAAGUAAUUUCCGAAUCACUAUCAUGUGACGAGCGAAACAUCGAGGAAUCAAAAACGAAAGAUACGUUCGAUGAUUCCAAAAAUGGGUCAAAUAACACAUGCGAAAAACCAAUUGCAGGAUUUAAAAAACCAUUUUCACUUAUUAUCGGCCCAAAGCGGGGUAAAAUUGGCAAAAUUCGUCGAAUGACAAAUGAUGUGUCUUCAGUGUCAUCUGUGCCAUUAACUGCAUCAUUACUUGCAAACGAAGAAACGACUGAAACUAUUCAACCGAAAGAUGAUGCACUCAAAAUUGAUAAGUCAAUCUCCAAAAAUACUCCAGAAGAAAAUGUCACAUCUGACACAAAAGAUAUUCCUGUUCCAUAUACAGAACCAUCAUGGGGUGGGAAACCAAUGGAGGAAUAUAAAUUGGAGGUUCUUAAAUCUGGAGUAAUUCUGGAAACGAUUAAUUUAACUGAGAGUUUCUAUGUGGUAGGAAGGUUACCCUCUUGUCAUCUGUCCCUUGCUCAUCCGACUAUCUCAAGAUAUCAUGCAAUUAUCCAGUAUAGAGCAAUUGAGGAUACCUCUGAAACUUCAAAAGAUAUCCAAUUAGACACCAACCAAAAAACUACAACCAAGAAUUCCAAAGGUUUUUAUUUGUAUGAUUUGGAAAGUACACAUGGAACAUUUUGGAAUAGUCAUCGUAUAAAACCUAGGACUUAUGUCAGAUUACAUGGAGGUCACAUGAUUAAAUUUGGUUGUAGUCAAAGAAAAUAUAUCUUACAAGCACCAGCAGAAGAUCAGGAAGACGAAUCUGAACUGACAGUUACUGAAUUAAAGGAAAAACGGUUAGACAAAAUACGAGAAAAACAAGAACUAGAGAUUAGACUACAGGAAGAAGAAAAAGCCAAAGAGAAGUCCAGAGAAGCAGAAGAGAGCGGUGGUAUUGAUUGGGGAAUGGGAGAAGAUGCUGAUGAAGAAACAGAUCUCACAGAAAAUCCUUAUGCUACUAUGACAGAAGAAGAACUAUAUUUAGAUGAUCCUAAGAAAACAUUAAGGGGCUGGUUUGAGAGAGAAGGAUAUGAUCUGCAAUAUCAGGUUGAGGAGAAAAGAAUAGGGCAGUUUUUGUGUUGGGUCGAUUUACCCAAAGAAUGUUUUGGUGGUCGUUCUAUGAAAGCUGAAGCUCUUGUUAAAGGAAAGAAGAAAGAAGCUGUUAUUCAGUCUGCUUUAGAAGCUUGCAGGAUUUUGGACAGACAUGGAUUAUUAAGACAAGCUAAUCAUGAGAGUCGAAAAAGGAAAGCCAGAAAUUGGGAGGAAGAAGAUUAUUACGACUCGGAUGAAGACAACUUUUUGGACAGGACAGGAACAGUAGAAAGGAAACGUGAACAACGGAUGAAACAAGCUGGAAAACUUGAAGAAAAAGUCGAGACAUAUAAUACAUUGAUUGAAAAACAUAACGAGAUUGUGAAUAAGAUUUCACAUUUGACUAAUCGUCUGAAGGAGGCGCAGGCAAAUAGUGCUAAAGAAAAGGAAUCCAAUGAGGAUUCAUUGGAUGCCUUUAUGUCUAGUUUAACUUCAUUUACUUUGAGUAAAAGUGACAUAACGAAGAUGAAAGUGGAAUUGCAAAAUUUGCGUAAAGAAGAGGAGAAACUGAUUAAAUUAAUAAAUCUUGCAAAGCCGGCCAAUCUGCCACCUCUUGUUAGCCAAGCACCAACAGGAGAUAAGAAAUACCAAACGUAUCAAAGAUCAAAACUUUUCAUGAAAAAAAGUUCUCAACUUGAAAGAAGACGAAAACUUUUCCAGGCAAGUAACAAUUCUGAAACAGCUGUAAGUAGUAACAAUACUUUAGAUAAUGAGGAAGAAGAGGAGGAGGAGGAGGAGGAGGAGGAGGAGGAGGAGGAGGAAGAAGAAGAUAAUGUACAAGAAGAAGGUAACAAAGUUCGUGAUAUUGAAGAUGUAGGUGAAUCUAAAUGCAAAAAAUCUGUACCAUUUAAAGACCCUGAGGAGAAAACACAAAAUAAUACUAAAAGCAUCAUUGAAUCAAUAAAUACUUCAAGCACACUUUUAAGUCAAAAUAUGGAAAGAAGCAAACCGAGUGUUGGAGACAACAAGAAGCAAAAGGAUAGAAAAUCAGAGAAAUCCAAAGGCAUAAAAAAGCAUUAUGAUCAAGACGUUCACUCAGAUGAUUACUCCACCUGGUUGCCACCACAAGACCAAACCGGUGACGGGAGAACAAGUCUCAAUGACAAAUAUGGAUACUGAAUUACAGUUAACAUUGCGAGAAAAGAAGAUAUUGUAAAUAUUCUUAAUAAAAAAUCGUGUAAUUAGUUAUUAAGUCUUGCAAUUUUAAGUUAAAGAAACGUUGGUAUUAAUAACAGUCAAUCCAUUGAAGUUUUCAAA